GAAAUACCUGCUAUUUCUGAGAACUCUGAAGAUAUGGCAAAAGCAAGUAAGGAGAUGCAGAUGGAUGAGCUAGGUGACAGAGUAACAGGAAAGUUAAACCCUUCUCUUGAGAAGACUCUCUUUGACAAAAAAGUAGAGGAGUUUCUAGAAUAUUCAAUCAAGGAAGUUGGGGACAAUAAAAGUAAUGUGAAGUUUGAAACUUCAAAAGAUGACUUACCUGAUGUUUACACCAAUUCUGAAGUGGUUCUAAAAAGUAACAACAUGCCUGAUGAAAAUUGUGCAAUGAUAAAAAUGAUCUCGGAGAAAAUGAGUGCAGAAUAUGGUCUAAAACCGGAUAACAAGGGUGAUGCAAGUAAUAUAGUAGACAGUACAAAAGAAGAUAGUGGAAAAAGUAGUGAUAUCAAAGAAAGGUCAGCAGUUACUUCAUCAAUAUCUACUGAGUCCUCCAAAUCUGAGACGAAUCUGAGUCAAGCAGAAGUAUUUAAGUCACCACCAGGUCUGGGAGGGCCAGACUCUUGCUUGUAUAGCAAAGUGAUUGAAAAGAAAUCAACAAAUGAACCUGUUGUAGGGAUGCAGAAUGACCAGGUUGUUAGCUUUACUCCUCCUGUUGCUGGGAUACCAUUUAUACAUCCAUUCAUAGAUCCAGGAAUAUACCAGGCUGUGGAAGCACAGCUGAAAAUGUUAUACCCUGAAAUAGCUUCUAACCCAGCAAUUUUAACACAAGUUGCAAUUCAACAGACUUGUAUUCUACAGAUGUGCCUAAAUUCUCAAACUGGUGAUGUAAACCAAGCACAUGGGAAUGUUAAUCAAGUGGAGAGAGGAACUGACCAGUGUUCUUUACCAGAUGGCCAGCCUCUAAGAUUACCUGGGAAACCUACAUUACAUGAACAAGGGGGACUACCAACUCCGUCAUCUGAUGUGCAAAAGGGACAAACAAUACCUACAUUAGACAAGCAAUUGAGACAGCCAAUUUCACAAUCAGAUAUGCAAAAAGGGCAGUCAAUACCUACAUUAGACAGACAAUUGAAACAGCCAAUUUCACAAUCAGAUAUGCAAAAGGGACCACCAAUUUCUACAUUAGACAAGCAAUUGAGACAGCCAAUUUCACAAUCAGAUAUGCUAAAAGGGCAGUCAAUACCUACAUUAGACAGACAAUUGAAACAGCCAAUUUCACAAUCAGAUUUGCAAAAGGGACCACCAAUUUCUACAUUAGACAAGCAAUUGAGACAGCCAAUUUCACAAUCAGAUGUGCAUAAAAAUCAGCCAAUACCUUCAUCAGACUGGCAAGGGAGACAAACAUUCCCUCCAUCAGCUACAAGGAGAACCCCAAUAUCUUCCAUGGAUAGACAAGGGGAACAAGAAUUACCCCCUUCAGAUAGGCAAAGAAAACAAAUCAGUGGUAAAUACAUACAGGAACCCCACAAUUACCCCAACAGUCCCCAAAAAGAAAAACUGGGAUGA